AUGGCCGCCAAUAUGCAGCACAUGGCUGGCGCUGGCCACAUGAUGUCCCAGCAACAGCAGCUACAGCUGCUGCAGCACAGGCGCUCCAGUGCCAAUCAAUAUGGCCAAACUAUCCUGGCCCGACUCUCCAACACUCAGGUGCCAAACUCGGGCUGGCAUGCUACAGUGCCAAUGAAUGAUCGUGUUGGCAAGGCUCUUGAAUUAUUUUCCAAUAUCACCCUCGGUAGCAUCGUCGAUCCAGGAUCGGCAUUGGAAUUGUCCAUUAAUUUUGAAGUCGCCACAUUCACAAAUUCCCAAUCCAAAGAACACUACGCCACCCUUUUCAGAGACAAGAUUGUCAAUUUGUUCAAAAAGCGCCAAGCCAAUGCCGGCAGCCUACAAAACGGUCUCAAUGCCAACGCCCAGGCACAUGCCCAGGCACAGGCACAAGCACAAGCUAUGCUCAACAUGCAGCAGAUGGGUCGCGGCUUUGGCCCCCAGCAGGGUUUCGCGGGCAUGAACCAAGGCAUGCCAGGCCAGCAGAUGCCUAAUCAACAACAGAUGCUCCAGUUGCAGCAGCAGCAACAACAGCAGCAGCAGCAGCAGCAGCAGAUGGCCGCUAGCAUGGGCAUGGCCAACCAAGCAGGCCGCGGUAUGCCCGGUCCAGCCCAGCAGCUCGGCAUGGGACCUGGUGCCCCCGGCCAACGUCCACCCGGCGUUGCCAACGAUCUCGCCCGCCUGCCGCCUUCAGAUCGUGAAAAAGUAAACCAGCUUGCCGUCAGAAUGUUUAACCAGGCUACAGAGGCACAGAAGAACCAGUACCGCGCCCAAGUUCGCAGCAAGAUGACACAAGCGCAAAUCAACGAUUUCAACGCACACAACCGAGAUCCUUCCAUGCUUGUCUUCCAAAACCAAGCUUUCCAAACCCUUACGAAACAAGCCGCAGUCAGCAGAGCCCAAGCUGCUGCCAACAUGAACCCUCAGCAGGCCGCCAUGAUGCAGCAGCAAAGUAGCCAACAACGCGCCAACAACAUGAUGCCCAAUGGCCAACCCGCGCCUCACGACUUUUCUCAGUUUGGUCCCAGCAUGGAGAGCAUCAAGGACCAGCAAAUGAGCGGCCUCAUGGCUCAACAAGCCGGCCAGAUGGUCGUGCCCGCUAGCAGUGCCGUAAGGAACGCGACACCUCAACCUGGUAGCCAAGGCAUCGGUAGCCAGGGCCAGAACCAGACUCCCCGCCAAGGUCAGCAGCCGGGUCAGCAACAACAGCAGCAGCAGCAGCAGCAGCAGCAGAUGAAGUUGAACCAGGCCUCGCAGCAGGCCCAAGCGGCUCAGAUGAGGCAGAUGCACAGCCAGCAGGGUGCCGGCAUGGACCAAAAUCAAAGUCCCGCCAUGAACCCGGCCGCCAACCGUGGACCUAAUGGCGCGAAUCCCAUGGGGACCCCUGGCAGCCAGCACGGUAACAUGCCUUUCAACAACCUGCCGCUAAGCCAGAGGUUCCAGGGAAAUCCUGGUAUGCAGGCCAUGGUGGUGGCCAUGGCCUCUAGCAUGAGCCCGGAGCAGCAACACCAGUUCAGCGCGAUGCCAGACGAAAAGAUAGUGGACAUGGUACGCAAGUACAGUAUACAGCAGCAGCAACGCGCCAACGCCGGUCGAAUGGGCGCACCUCAACUGCAGCAGCAAAUGAACCAGAAUCCGGCUAGCGCAGGUCUCCCAGGAGGCAUGCAGCAGCAGCAACAGCAGCAGCAGCCCAACGCUCCUGGUCCGAAUGGCGGUCCUCUACAGGGACCAGGGGCCAUGAACUUGAACAAUCCCCAAAUGCAAGCCAUCAUGGACAACAUGGACAUUCCGGCCCAGGUUCGUGAGCAAAUGCUCCCCGGCAUGCCUCUCGAAACCAAGAAAUGGCGCGACCUUAAGGCUUGGGUCAACCAGUCCAACACAUCACAAGCAAGCAAGCAAGUCCUUGUCCAUUUGCAAAGACAGCAAUUUCAGCAUUGGUGGGCCAAUCGUCGACAACUCCAGCAGCAGCAGCAGCAACAACGACAGCAGCAACAGCAGCAGCAGCAGCAGCAAGGUCAUCAACAGCCCAUGCAGCAAAGCCAGCCACCCCCUCAGAUGGCUCCGCAGCAGCAACAGGGCCAGCAACAGCCGCAACAGGGCCACCAGCAGCAACAGCAGCAGCAGCGUCAGCAGCAGCAGCAGGGUCAGAUGCUUGCUGGUGGCAUGAACAUGGCCAAUAUGCCUUUCAAUAACACGGCAAACUUUCCUCCACACCUCAUGCAUGUCACACCGCAGGAGAUUGCACAGCUGCGGGCCAGCAAGCCUACCACCAUCAACAUGCCUGACGAACAGCUCCGUAUGAUCAUCAUGCAAAUGAAGCGCAACCAGUGGCAAAACCAGCAAGCGAAUCGCAUGCGAGCGCAGAGUGCGGCCAGCCAGGGUCUCGGACCUCAGAAUCCUAUGGCUGGACCGGCCGCUGCACAGAUGGGGCAGCAGCAGAAUCAACCUCCCCAGCAGCAGGAAGUAAGCCGUCAGCAGCCUCAACCGCCUCAGCAGCAGGCUGGCCUCAUGGCCGGUGCUACUGCCCAGUCUCAAGCUGCAGCCGCCAAGCAGCAGCCAACACCUCAACAGCCGGUCAAGAAUCUCAAGCGGCCAAGCAGUGACGAUGCUCCUGGCGGGGACAAUGGUGCUGAUACCGGCAACGCCGCCGCUGCAAUCAACUCGGGUGGCGCUAGAGCCCCCAACAUCCCCGGCAUCAAGCGUCUAUCACCGCAGCAAAUCGCCAACAUGACGCCGGAGCAGAAGACCAAGUACGAGGCUUUCCUCAGAGCUCAGAUGGCUAGCAAAGAUGGCCCACCUGCUGCACCCGCUGCACCCGCCGGUAUCAUGCAACCAACGGCUGAGUCGAUCAAUCGACUAAAAGCCAUUGGCCAAGCAGCAGCGCGCCAGCUUGCGCAAGAGCCCAUGGUAGACAUUCCCAUGAGCCCUCAUGAGCUGGAGGAGACAGGUGCAAAGCUGAAGCGGAUCGUCAUCGACAUGGGCAAGGUCGGACGCAGCCUCAGCAGGUGGUUCGCCAUCACGGCAGAUGAAGGACGCGCAAGCAUGUUCUUCAAAUUCCGGCAGCGUCUUCUCAAGCAGUUUGUGGAUGGCGAUGCCAUGACAAUUCUGCGCGACGCAUUCAGCAUGCGGUCUUCGGACUUGGAGCAAGCAAGAGCCAUGCUAGAAAGUAUGGUCCGGGAUCUUGCCGCCGCUGCCAGCAUGAAGGGUGGAUUCAUGAGGGCACAAAACAGUCAGACGCAGUCCGGCCAGGUAGCUCAGCAAACAUCCCAGGGCAGCAACGACCAGUCCUCGCCGGCGGUGGCACCGCUCAACGCGAGCAACCUGGAAAAGAAUUCGCAGGCGCUCAGCCGGCAGAAAAGCAAGUCGGCGAAUCAGCCGCCUCCCGCACCAACGGUGGCUCAGGCACCCGGCUUCCCAGCAAAUGCAUCUUCGCCGCACGGCAAUCCCAGCUACAUGAGCAAGGCCAAGGACAUGAACUUGCAGAUUCCGCCGCGCAAGAAGCAAAAGGUGUCGCAGCAGCCUGGCCAGGCGGCCAGCACGCCAUCGCCGCGAGUCAGCAAGACGGCGUCGCCCGAGAUGAAGCGAGCACCAGAGCCAGCAGCCAAGCCGGUGUUCCUGUGCAGGGAGCCGGACUGCGACGUGACGUGCUUCGGGUUCUCUACGGAGCAGGCUUUGAAGCAGCAUGUUGAGGAGGAGCACGUUAAGCCGAGGGAGGACCCGGUCAAGUUUGUGCAAGAAAAUCUGGCGUUGGCUCUGGGGUUGGAAAUGGACGGCACGAUGAAGAAGCCGGCUGGGGACGCGGCGCAAGCGAUGGGGCCUUCAGGGUCCAAGCAGGGACAAGGUGUGGCGAUGAAAAGAUCUGGUAGCGCGCAGAGUCGAGUACAAUCUGCCAGUGGUAGAGGCGACAAGGGAAUGGCAAAGACGGCGGCGGCAGAAGUGACGACGGCGGUAGCGGCCGACCCGUGGGCGUCGUCGACACUGGACGCGCAGGCGCUGUUGAGCAAUCUGGGAUUCGAAAACGGGCUGCCAACAGUGAUGAAUGAGUUUCGGCAGCUAUACCGGUCGUCGACACCGAAUGACACUCCCGAGUCGAGCAAGGACAGCGGGGCAAGCGAGCCCAACAGCGACAUUUCCGAGGGCGCUGCGCUGGACAUUGACAUGAACUGGCAGAGCAUUGACACGGAUCUGCUCCUGAACCUGAACAAUACGAGCCUGGACUCGUCGGGAACGACGCUGGAUCCGUCUCUUCUUUUGGACCCUCUGGCGGGACCGCCGCCGGACUGGGACGAAGUACAUGUCGACUUUGACAAGCCGUUUCAGUUUGACACGAGCAAGUACUACUUUGACACGUCGUCUUGA